AUGUGCGAGAAGUCCACGAUCAGGAAGAGGCACAUGCACCUCACCGAAGAGAUCCUGAAAAAGAACCCUAGCAUCUGCUCCCACAUGGAGCCGUCGCUGGACACGCGCCACGACAUUGUCGUCGUGGAGGUGCCCAAACUUGGGAAAGAGGCGGCAGAGAGGGCCAUCAAGGAGUGGGGCCAGCCACUGUCGAAGAUCACCCACGUCGUCUUCUGCACCACCUCCGGCGUGGACAUGCCAGGCGCCGACUACCAGUUGACGAGGCUGCUUGGCCUCUCGCCGACGGUCAAACGCCUCAUGAUGUACCAGCAAGGCUGCUUUGGCGGUGCCACGGUGCUCCGCAUGGCUAAAGACAUCGCCGAGAACAACCGCGGCGCACGUGUGUUGGUGGUCUGCUCGGAGAUUACCGCCAUGGCAUUCCGUGGCCCCUCCAAGUCCCAUUUGGAUUCGCUGGUCGGACAUGCGCUCUUUGGCGAUGGCGCGGCCGCUGCCAUCAUCGGCGCCGACCCCGACGUGCCCUUCGAGAAGCCACUCUUCCAGCUAGUAUCAGCGAGCCAGACCAUCCUGCCCGACUCCGAGGGUGCCAUCAACGGCCACCUUACGGAGGCAGGGCUCACCAUCCACCUUCUCAAGGACGUGCCCGGGCUCAUCUCCGAGAACAUCGAGCAAGCGCUCGAGGACGCCUUCAAGCCUCUGGGCAUCCACGACUGGAACUCCAUCUUCUGGAUUGCACACCCUGGCGGGCCGGCGAUCCUGGACAUGGUUGAGGAGAAAGUUGGCCUUGACAAGGAACGCAUGCGCGCCAGCCGAGAGGUCCUGUCGGAGUACGGCAAUAUGUCCAGCGCAUGUGUCCUCUUCGUCCUCGACGUGAUGCGUAAGACCUCUUCCCAGGAUGGCCAAGCAACCACUGGAGAGGGUAAGGAGUGGGGUGUCCUCUUCGGCUUUGGCCCCGGCCUCACCGUCGAGACGCUCGUCCUCUACAGCGUCCCGAUCACAGCCACUGCAUGA